CCCAUCCCAAUUGCCCCUGCCGCCGCUCUCAACCAUGCGGUCGAGGAGGUUCCAUGGUCUGAAGAAGAUUAAAGUCCGCCAGGACUGGAGUCGGUGGACCCUAUAUAAUCUUUCACGCCUUCGCGAAGCCACAUCCACCGCAACCCGCGGCACCUACUUCCAGCAGAAAUGGAAAGCCAAGUCCAUCACGCGCGCAUACCACGGCGAGCAGGUCCGCGAGAAGCAAUGGGAGCGCAUGUUCCGCCGCAACAUCCCGGCCGUCGUGCCCAUGGACCACAAGUACCUAGCCCAGAAAGACGGCUCUGAGCAAGCUGAAGGAAGAGGCUCCGGUGCGGACCAGGAGAGGGCACAGAAGGCGCGGCCGGCAACCCCAUACAUGCAGAUGACAUACUACCCGCUAGAGAGACGGCUCGACAUGGCUGUAUGGAGGUCGUUAUUUGCAAGCAGUGCGCGGCAGGCUAGACAAUUCGUUGUGCAUGGCUACGUCAAGGUCAAUGGAAAGAGGAUGAUCUACCCAGGCUACCAACUAAACCCCGGGGACAUGUUCCAAGUCGAGCCCGAACGCGUUCUUUUCGCCACAGGUGCCUCGAAGGUCGGGAGUAACCGCCGCCGCCGCGAAAUCCGCAAGUGGAAGGCCGCCAAUGCCACAGGUCCCAAGCCGACCAAAGUGAGCAAAGCCGCCAAGGCCGGCCCAGUCAGUCUCCAGGGCGAAUACACCCAAGCCGACGUCACAAAAGCGCCAGACACAAGCCCCGAAGCGCUGAGGAAGCGCCUACAGGCCCUGAUGGCCAAGACAAAACAAGUCCUGGAGGCUAAGGAGGGCCUCCCCACGAAACUCAAGAGGAACCUGCGACAAUUCCGCAAAGAAGUCAAGCGAGCCAUCUCUCUCCACAAAAGCGCUACGGAUCUGUCGACCGAGACCCUUGAGGGCCAGCUUGAACUCAUUAAAAAGGAGUACGAGCCUGUUGCUGAAACCACCGGAGAGGACUUGAGCCUCGUUCAAUCAGUAUUCGAAUUCGCGGAAGAAAGGACCAUGCGUAGCUCGGCUUGGAAUGAAGAGGAUGGGAGAAAGCCUUAUGCUACCCCCUGGCGGCCAAGACCAUACAUGUCCGCAUUUGCCUUCAUUCCACGGUAUCUAGAAGUCAACCAGAAUAUUUGCGCGGCAGUGUAUCUGAGGCAUCCUGUCGCGAGGCCUGGAUUCUCAGAAGUGCCAUCCCCUUUCUCGGUGGAUACGAACCAGCUCGCAUUCAAUUGGUAUCUCAAGAGGAGGUAGAAGGCGAGGCGUGUAUAUGGGCGAGCUGGGCUUGUAAAAUAGGAAUCAGUGUACAAUUGUAGGAAAAGCUACCUAUUAGUUGGGCUCAGGGGCAAGCAUUGUAUAAAUAUACUCACAAUCAUCUGAAACUCUUGUCAACC